GUCAGAGACACCGGGAGUCCACGCGAUUUCCGGGAGGCACUCCUGACCGUGGCUCGGGCAGAACUUGCCGAGGCCGUGGAAUCCCACUGUAUCGAAGCGCCUUCUAUGGUAAGGACUCGUGCCGCUGGUGCCUGCUCCCAGUCGUCCUCCUCCUCCUCCCUCGCCCGCUCGCGUCGGUCCUUUGGUCCCUCGCUCGGCCGUUUGGUCGGUCCCCGGGUCCGCCGCGCAGCGCUCCGCAGCGAUCCCUUGUCCGCAGGCGCGCGCUGCGCGCGCUGCCAGCGCCGAGGGCUGCCUGGGCGCCAGUGGGCGGCAUUCCCUGAGGGGGGAGCGUCGCUCGCGGUCUUCGUCCUCCUUCCUGGUCCGGGCGCGUCGGUCGUUCGGUCCCUCGCUCGGCCGUUUGGUCGCCCCUCGGGCCGCCGUCCGCCCUCUUCGGCUCCUCUCGUCGUCUCGGGGCCGCGUCGCUCGAAGCAUCCCGAGCGGUGCGCGGAGCGCAAGACGGUCCUCCUCGUUCCUGUCCUGUUUGGUUUGCCUUCGGGGGCUCUCCUCGUCGCCUCGGCCGGGCGCGGCUCGAAGCAGCGGGAGUCAGCACAACAUGUAAGUGCCAAUGUGCCUGUCACAGGCGACCGAGGCAGAGGUCUUCGAGACGUGGCUGGCGGCCGGAGAGCUUCAGCUCCCGAGAGCAGGGCAGCGCACUCUGGAGCCACGCCGGCCCAGGCCCCACCGGAGAGGCAGGAUGCCCGGGACGGCGCCUGCCCGGCGCCAUGCCCGCUAGGCCAGCCACCGCGAGGAGGAGGAGGAGGAGGUUGAGCACCCCGCCAUGGAGUUGCCGCAGGACGCCAGCAGGCUGUCCCGUGCCAGGGCGCUGGCGCAGGAGCAGCGCGAGCGCCUGGAGGACGCGAGCGGCAGGGCCGAGCGGCGGCCCGGCGAGGAGGCCCGGGCGACUGCUUCGCCGGGGAGGGACGCGCAGCGGGGCUCGGGCUCGCGCUCGCCGCAGCCUCCGCCCAGCAGGCAGCCCAGCAGGCAGCCCAGCAGGCAGCCCAGCAAGGCGCCGGCGGAGCCCGUCCCGCGGGGCCCGCAGGCGCUGCCGCAGGCGCUGCCGCUGCUGCAGACGCUGCAGUGCUGCAGCGAGGCCGGCGACGAGCCGGCGUUCGGCCUGGAGCCCGAGCGGCUGGCGCCGGAGGCCUCCCUGGUCGCCCUGUACUUCUCCGCGUCGUUUUCGCCGGCGUGCAGGACGCUGACCGGUUUGCUCGCCGAUGGGUACUCGCAGAUCCGCGAUCGCCACGGACAGCAGUCAUGGGAGGUAGUGUUGGUGCCGUGCGACAAAGAGGAGGACGCCUGGCGCACUUAUGCCAGGAGCAUGCCAUGGCUCACCGUCAGGUUCUGUGACCGAGACGCCGUCCUCCAGCUGAUGAGCAUGCUCAGCGUCAUGGAGCUGCCGAAGCUGUCAGUCAUUAGCAAAACUGGGGACGUCAUCAUGGAGAACGCGCGAGGAGGGCAGGGCUUCGGAUUCGGCUGCGACCCGCUCAGGGCGUUCCGGCAGCUGGAGGCGCUGAGGCUGGAGGCGGAGGAGCGGAAGACGAAGGCGCAGCAAGAGCCCGAGGAGAAGCCGCCGGCGGAGGAGAAGCCCCGGGGACGCCGCACAGUGUCGAAGGCUCAGGGCGGCGUGUUCGGGCCUUGAUGCAAGAA